GCGUCUUGCGGAAUAGUUGUUUGUUCCGCAGAAUGGAAAACGGCUGGCGUCCAAUUCAGAAUGGAAUCAUUCUAGGUGAUUCAGCAUAUCCGCUGAAAGAUUGGCUGAUUCCUCCACUAUCUAAUAAUAGAAGAUUCCUCAAUGCCCAUAAAUCAACUAGAAGAGUUGUGGAAAAUGCAAUUGGUAUUUUAAAGGAAAAAUUUCCCAUUUUAAAUUAUUUGCGGGUGAGCCCAGAAAUGGCCAGCGAUGUUUUUACUUGUGCGGUUACACUUUGCAAUUUUUCACGCACUGAAGAAGAUGAAAACUACACAAUUACUAACCUUAGUGACUCCGAUAAUGUAGAAAAAGACAGCCAAACCAUAACAGGCAUUAGAGGCCAAGCUAGGCUACAAACUAUUUUAAAUUAUUUUAAUUAAUUUACAAAUAAGAAAAAUAUUAAUAAAAAAAGUAUAAAGAACAAAAAGUUGUAACUAAAAAAAUAGAGAAUGUCCUUGGCAGCUAAGAUCUCCCGCACUACACUAACUUUGUUAUGUUCAUUUGCCAUUUUUACAAAUAAACAAUUUUUAACUUUUUUAUAAACACAACAAGUGAGCAAACAACAUUAAACACACACAACAUGUGUUUUGAUUGAUUAGGGAUGUGAUAACAAUCAAAACAAAUUAUCGAUAUACAUAUAUUUACACAUACAUAUGUUUAAUUUAUCAAAAUAACUUUAUAAAAAUAUUUUAUUUUAUUUAAAAAUUCACAAGUAUACAAGAACUUGUAAUUGUAGAAAUUGUAGUUUACAAGUGCAGAAAACUACAAGUGUUGUCAAAAUUUUAAUGAAACGCAAUUUAUCAACACUUGUGAAAAUUAAACUUGUGAUUGUAACUUGUAUACUUGUAGAAUUGUAGUUUAGUGAAAUGGGCCCCUGGAAUUAAAAAUACGAAUUUAAAGACAUUCUCCAUGAAAAUGUGUGCACGUUUUCGGAGAAGCGCCCUCCUGAACAUUUACCCAGAGCGUUACUUUUGAGAAUUGUAACUUAUCUCUUAAAUAUUUAUUUCCCUCUUUCAAAAGAGAGAUUAAAUGAGUGGUCUUAGUUGCUACUACACUUUCUCUCUAAUCUUCAGUAAACACAUACAACCCUGUUUCGCAGCUGAUUCACUUGACAUGCUUACAUACAUAUAUUUAUUUCUCUAUUCUUUGGCAACUUCGCUUUAGUAUUUAAUAUUAAUAAAAAUAAAUAUGAGUGCUUCUGAAUCUACACUUAUAGUAAAGAAUAUACCAAAAUUAAUAAGCGAUAUAUCAUCGAUAUUACCAUCGGCAGCGAAGGAAGUAAAACCAUUUGGCCGCCGACGCGUGCUGCUCACCUACGAGAAUGAACAGGCAGCUCAAACCGUUUUGGAGCAGCUGCAGCAGUUGGAAGUUAAGCCUGGCAAACAGCUGAAUGUAACAUUCUUUCGCAAAAAUGUGAAACCUGUUGCAAAUACUAAUAUUGCGAAAACGACGACCUCUAACAAAGCGACGCAGACUAAACUACAUCCCAGCAAUGAGACGGCAUUGCCACAAAUCAGCAUGUACGUGUCGCAGCUCUUUGCUUGUGAUGCUAAAUUAAAUUUUGUACAGCCGCCACCACCAUAUCUUAAAUAUGCUUAUCCACGUAUCACACCAGAUAUACUAGAUGCCAUAAGUAUUGCUUUAAUGAGUAACACACGUUUUUACACACAAGUGCUUCAUCUGAUGAACCGCAUGAAUUUGGAACCACCUUUUGGCGCUAAAUCGGCAGGUAUAUGUUUACGCAAACUUUGGCCACGUGAUGUAAGCACGCAAACUAUGGAGGAAGCAGUGGCAGUAAGUGAAAUUUCUGAAGUAUUACCUGAAGCAACUAAAGUGGUUGAUGAAAAAUCGGAAUCCGAAUUGGAAUCUUCCGACGAAGAUGAUGCCAAAUCAAACAAUCCACGUACACCAAUACAAAUGCAAUUGAAACGCAAAGCAGCUGAAGAGCUUGAAGCGCAAUUAAAAAAAAAAGCGCGCCAGCUAUUGCAAACAACAUUACGAAAACAAAAGCGUGUGGAGAGCAUCGCCAGCGCCAGCAAAAAUUUGCCUCAAAACGCAUUUGAACAGUCAGAAUCGGUUAGUAACAAAAGCAGAAUCGCAGUAAAAAUACAACACCAACAAAGUAUGCGACCUUUAGAGCCCCUUGUGCUGCCCUCAGAUCUAAGUGCAACACGACUUUCACUAGAACAAUUGCAGGCGCUCCCCGUUUAUAAGAAUUAUCAAAUAGGUGCACCUAGUAAUAAAUUGUAUAUAAAGAAUCUUGCUAAAGAUGUCAGCGAAGAGGAUCUAAAACAGCUCUACGCGCGGUUUGUACCAGUUGAUAACAUGGAAAUCAAAGUGAUGCAACAGGGACGCAUGAAAGGACAAGCAUUUGUGACAUUUCAUGGACUGAGUGAAGUAGAUGCAGCUGUAAUGAUGGCAAAAGCGUUAGCGGAAACCAAUGGUUUUGUGUUGCGCCAAAAGCCGAUGGUGGUGUGCUAUGGCAAAAAGUAGACAAAUGCAACUAGGCCUUGUUGAAACAAUAUAUGAAGAGAACGGUGCUGACAAGAACAAUGCAUCCAGUUACUUAAAUAAGCGAAAUAAGUCACAAUUAUCAACACAACGUUACAAAUAUCUAAUUUGCAUCGAUUUUGAAGCAAC